AUGUCAUCUACCACUUUUGACCCUACCAUUCAAGCUAUUGCAGAUAUUAGCGGUCAAAUUACGAUUCUUCAGCAUAGCACCUCUCCAUCUACUGCAAAACUCUUUGAUAUUCGCCGUCAAAUUGAGGCUCUUCAAGCUAUUGCAAAUAUUAGCCGUCAAAUACCAACUCUUCAGCAUACCACAUCUCCAUCUACUGCACAACUCUCUGACAUUGGCCAUCAAAUUGAUGCUCUUCGGCAUAGAGCCUCUACAUCUACUGCACAACUCUCUGGUAUGCGUCUUGCUGGUUCUUCAGCCAACCCUUCGAUCUCUGUUGAGCCAAAGUCCUUUCAAGAGGCCGUUCAAUUUUUAGAGUGGCGACAAGCUAUAACUGACGAAUUUCAGGCCUUUCAGCAAACACAUAUCUGGGAUGUUGUUUCUUGUCCCGUUGGCAUCUCUUUAGUUGGUAGUAAAUGGGUUUAUAAGGUCAAGUAUCAUCCUGAUGGCACAAUUGAACGUCAGAAAGUUCGUUUAAUGGCUCGAGAAAUUUCUCAAGGCCCACGGGAUGUACUAUUGUCUCAACAGAAGAAUCUCUCGGAUAUUCUAUAUCGAGCUGAGCUAACUAAUGAUGCAACUGUUGAUAUUCCACUUCAACAGAAUGUCAAACUUCGCUCUACUGAUGGUGAGUCUUUAUUUGAUCUUACUCAAUAUCGACAUCUUGUUGGCCAAUUGUAUCUCCGGGGUACUAGCACUCGCCCUCUUCUGUUUCCUGCUACAUCCAAGUUAGAUCUUUGUGCAUAUUCUAAUGCUGAUUGGGCUGGUGAUCCUAAUACCAAGAAGUCUACCACAUGUUAUUGUAUAUUUCUUGGUGAUUCCCUAAUUUCCUGGCGGAGUAAGAAACAAGAUGUUGCUGCUCUUUCCAGCACCGAGGCAGAGUAUCGUGCUAUGUCCCUAACAGCUAAAUAG